AUGGCGACGUUCCCAGCGGUCAACACAUCAAUGCAGUCCCCGGAAACCAAUCUGGCGGGCGAGGGGCGAACACCAACGACUCCGCGACAGCCCGUCGAUCGAUCGCAAUCGAACACCGACCGAACGAACGAAGAACCAGCGCCCCGCACGCCGACCAGAUAUGAAUUUGGAGGUGUAACCGGCCAGCGGCCAUUACCCGAUGAGCCGUUCACCCCCGGAGUCGUUGGAGACAUUCGACCAGAGCAACAUGAACCGUUCAAGCGCGGAUGUUCGCACAUGAGCGCGACACAACACGACGACGGAGAUGUCGAGAUGGGUGACGGUGGGGAGGACAACCCAGAAGAUGAGGACGAUUCGGACAACGACAGUGUGACAAGCGAUUCGCAGAGGCCGUCAAAGAAGAAGAAGGGCCAACGCUUCUUCUGCACGGACUUCCCGCCUUGCCAGCUGAGCUUCACGCGGAGCGAGCACCUCGCGAGGCACAUCAGGAAACACACUGGAGAACGGCCGUUCCAGUGCCAUUGCUCCCGAAGGUUCUCUCGACUCGACAAUCUCAGACAACAUGCGCAGACCGUACACGUCAAUGAGGAAAUCCCUGGUGACUCGCUUGCCGCUACAAGCACAAGAUUUCAAAGACAAAUUAGGACGGAUAGAGUGCGCCCACCGAGUAGCAGAUCCCGAGCGUCGACUAUGGGUAGCAAUGGAGGUCACAGUAGGGGGCACAGCCGGAACCUGUCCUCAUCCAGCAUCGGCUCAACUACAUCAAGCAUUAGUAUGACCGAUGAUGCUCGGAGACGACCCCAGCCGUUAGCCAUGGCCAACGACCCGUCGCCUCGGCGUCCCCUCUCGAUUGAGACCUACCCGGCGGGUGCGCCCUUGCAACCUCCCUUUAUGUCUUACGCUCAGUCACCCACUGGCUACAGCACACCUACCUCGACGGUCUUUUCGACUGGCCCCGACAGUCCAAGAUUCCAGUCCAACAUGACCUCUCCAAGCUCUACGCUGGGGCGGUCGACUUUCUACAAUGGAGCUCGGCGCCGGUUGUCCUACCCCAACAACGGAUCCUUGCAGAGUCCGAACGCAAACACAUAUCCACAGCCAGUAUAUUUCACCCCAAUCCAGAGUGGGACUGCUGCGACGUUCUCACAGAACAGCAGCGUCUUUGCUAGUCCUACCAGUUCUGCCUUCUCGCACGGCCGUCGUGACGAAGAAGCAGAACUCGAGUAUCGCAGAAGGACGUGGCAUCCAGGUACCUACAGCAGUUACACUUCACGGCCGGCCACCAGCGGUCUGUCAUAUCACCAGACUCCGGACGAUCAGCAGCCCACUUCAUCUCACCAUCGUACUGCUAGUCAAGUCACCAGACUUCCAGGCAUUGAGAGCUUCGAUCACGCGCCUCCCGUCAAUCAGCGCCCACCGUCCAGCCCAAUGAUGAUCGACGGUCGCCCUACAAGCUCCGGAAGACCAUCAGAUGCAGGCUUGCAUCAAGGUCUGACUAGGCUUGACAUCACUGCUGCAAAUGCUCCAAUCGAUGGACAGUGGCAUGCCACUCAGCCGCAGAUGAUGCCUCCACCGGGCUAUGCAACGCAACAGCAGCAGCCAGCUACCGUGGCACCGCAUCAGGUAUAUCAACAUCACGCUUCAAUGCCAGAGCAGCCGGUUACACCUCGCAGGAACAAGCGACAAGCCUGGUAUGGCGGCCCAGUCAACCCAGCUAGUGUACGCUCUCACCGUCCAUCUCCCGAGGACUCCGGUAGCAGCGAUGGCGUACCGACCCCGGGCACAUCACAGAACGCUGAAUACCACCCGGUCAUCGUCGGCUCGAAUGUUCCUUCUGAGGCCUACUCUCAAACCGGACCCGGCGCGACGGAUGAACAGAAGGCCUACCCCCGAGACCCGCAGGCCUACCCGAUGCAUACUGGGCGCGAUCCUCGUCUUAACAUGACUUAUCAGCAACCACCGAAUAACGACAUGGGACGACUCGAGGCUCUGGUCGCCGUCGCUACAAGCGAGAACAGGGCGGUGGAGCGGUCUUGA